AUUUUACAGUUUAACAAUGAUAAUUAAAUUAGGAAUCUCUUGGCAUAGAGUAUACAAUUUCUAGAUAUCUUUUAUCAAUAUUUAUAUCAAUGCAAUGACAUUAUCAAACACUAGGAGCGUUAUAAAACAGAAAUUGAUAAAUCAGUGUUGCGCGGCAACCGAGUGAAGAAUACAAAUUAAAUGUCUUCAAUAUAAAGCGAUAUAUAUAAUUGUAUGUUUGAUUCUCUAUAGAAUCUACGAAAUAUUUAGAGAUGAUUCAGGAAAACGUUCCUACUAUAUUGCAAGAAUUUGUACAACCUCGUGUAAUAAAUCAGGAUAUGUUAAUAAACUUGGUAAUUGAACAAGGACCAAAAGGAGAGGCUGGUAAACUCUUUUACGAAGACGGUAUUAACUUGCACGAAACAAGAAAGAUUCGAAUUGAGUUUCUUAACAUUUUAAAAAUCGAUUACCUGUGGGUGAUGCCAAAUUUGAUAGAAUUGAAAUUGUCCAAUAACAUAAUUGAAAAGAUAGAAAAUCUAGAUGCCCUUGUCAAUUUGAAAGAAUUAGAUCUUUCCUUCAAUCGUAUUAAAACAAUGGAGAACUUGAACCAUUUAACAAAUUUAGAAAUAUUACUUCUAUUUAACAAUGAAAUUAGUGAAAUAGAAAACAUAAAUGACUUGAAUAAUCUAACAAUUUUUAGUAUUGGUAAUAAUAUUGUAACAGAUUCGAAACAUGUGCUGUAUUUAAGGAAAUUUAAAAAAUUACGUAGUUUGAAUAUAAAUGGAAAUCCAUGUACUAAGGAAGAUGGAUAUUUGGAUUAUGUAUUUGCAUUUAUACCGCAAUUAAUUUAUUAUGAAUACAAAAUGAUUACUAAUGAACAAAGAAAGAAUGCAAGAGAAAAGCAUUAUAGGACUCUGAAUACUUUAGAAGAAAUAGAAAUGAAAGAAAAAGAAGAACUGGAUGCACAAGAAGAAUAUAAAAAGAAAUUAGCUUUCCUCACUGCUGCAUAUGUAGAAUAUCUUGAUGAUGAUUAUCUCUUCCAUCAAAUGUUUGAAGAUGAUAAAGAAGGGAAAGAUUUGUCUAUGGUAAAUGAAGAUACACAAAAUGCAUUUGAAGAAUACAAGAUAAAUUUUUCUGCUUUAUGCAAAGAGUUUUGUGAAAUAGGUUUGGAAGAACAUGAUAAACGAAUAAAUGAAACAAAUCUUUAUGAUAUCGCUGUAAAGGAAGGUAAAAGUAUUUCAGAAAAUCAAGGUAGAAUGAUUGUAAAUGAAGUCUUGCAUAAGAAAACUGAUAUUUCGGCAACUAUCAAGCAAUUGAUAAAGAAAUUAACUGGAAAUGUAGAUGCUAUUACAUUAGAAAACAUAACUAAAGAAGCACAUCAGUUAUCUGAAGAAUUUAAUGAUAUAAUAACUGAUGCAUGGACAAAAUUGAUGUCUAUUGAAGUGGACUUACAUGAACAAAUGGAGGAUAUAAAUGAAGUAUUUAGAAUUAACAUGUCUGAUAUGAUGGAUUCUUUUCUAACAAUUGCACGAGGAUAUUUUUCACAAUUACGUAAUUGUGAAGCAGAAUAUAAUGAUACUAUUAAUGGAUUAAUUUUAUAUUAUCUUAGCGGUUUUGGGGAUGAUGUAAAGUUACCACGUCAUUUAUUAAAUUUAUGUGAAGAUAAAGACAUGUUAAAUUAUAAUCUUAAUAAUUCUCAUGAAAGACAUUUGCAAAUAAUAGAUGCUAGAGAAGAUACCAUGAUAAAUCGAGCAAAAAAUUGGCUUGAAGAAUAUAAUGAACAAUUAAUAAAAUAUGAGAGAGAAAGAAAUAAUCAGCAAGUACUAGAAAUAUCACAUUUCGCGGAUUUUCAACAACAAGAAUUCUCACAAUUAUUGCAACAAUUAAAUUUAAAUACUGAUGAUUCAGAAGUUAUAUUAGCACUUGAUGAAUGACUUAAUAAUAUAUAAUUAAUAAGUUAAUAACAGUU